ACAAUCAUUCGAGACAAAGAAAACGAAUUGACAAACGUACGAGCAACGAUGGAACAAAAUGAAGAGAUUGUCGUAAAAGUUUAUAUGGAAAAGGAAAGACUUUGGAAAGAACAACUUGCUGAUCUCAAGCAAAAGUUGCAGGCAAGCCAACAAGGAGAAAACGCACUACGGCAACAAAUUCAACGAUGUAACGAAGAACGAGAACAAUUCCGAGUUACAAUACAGAAUCUUACCAGUGAUAAGCAAGGAUUGCAACGCAAGUGUUUGCAAAUAGAACGUGAAUUGUUCCAACUGCGUGAAUCUUUCGAUGAACUCAUCCGAAAUCGUGAUGAAACUGCCUGCGGUCGAUGUCGUAAACGUAUUACAUGUGAUGUUACUGCAGCAAAUGCCAAUAACAGUACUGCAGACAAACGUGUUAAACCUCCACUGCCAACUCCACGAUAUUCCAAGGAAUCGUCGUCAGAACGUGAAUUACGUGGUGAAGUCGAAGAGCUAAGAGAAGAAGUGUCAACUUUGCGUGAUACACUUAAUGAACAAAUUAGUCGCUUUACUGACGAAAGGAAACGCUGGGAAGAAGAACGAAUUAAGAUCUUGAAGUCCAGUAACUCACCAUCAAAUCGACUGGGUUUCUUGUCGACGAAUGAUUCUUCGUCGGCGGAUAUAACUCCUGAAUUAUCCAAAGACUUGAAAAUUCUAACCGAUGGUAAAUCAUACAUUGUUAGCCAUGAUCGCCUAAUUUGA